ACUGUUUCUAUCUCCACUGUGUUACACUCGCGGUAGGGGCAGCUGGUCGCCUCUGGGCAACCAGACUUUCGAGCAUGAACACCCCUCAAAGCAUGAUGUUGGGCUGGGGCAGCCUGAUCGUGGCGGCUGGCGUGAGCUACUACUAUGCGAAACAAACGAUCGUAGAGAGACGACAGAUGCAGGAGGCGGAGGGAAAGCGGCCUUCGGAGAAGCUCGAUUGGCGUUCGCGGAUCGAGCGGCAGGAAAGGCAGGCGUCGAGCACACAAGGAACCAGCACCGCGCCGGCGAGUGGGGUCGACACCAAGAAGUGACGGCGCGCGCAUCUCGACCAAAGUCCCCGAUGUUUGUCUCCCGGGUGCCCCGCCAUCGACGUCGAUGCUGGUUGUCCUUGCACAUAUACGAGCCCUUGUAGCCCAUGCCCGAGUCUGUGAUACGAGCUAUCCAGUGAUAUUGAAUGCCGCUAGCAUGUCCUGA